AUGUUUCGGCAAUCCCUCAGAAGGUGCGCUCGCCUCAGCGGCGCAGGCUUCGCAACCACCACCCUCCGCACCACGCGACCUGUCGUCCUCAAGUCGAUUGCCCAGCCCUCUCAGACUGCGCUGCGCGCCCCGGCUACCCUGAAUGCGUUCAGACUCUACUCCAGCGAGGCCGCGGCCGUUGCUAACGAGCAAUCCGGCGAUGCCUCCACGCCAUCAGAGGCCCCUCUGUCAAGGUUUGAGGACCUUCGCAGCCUGGGUGUCCACGCGAACCUCGUCGACAGCAUCACCAAGGGCUUGAAGUAUGAGAACAUGACCGAUGUACAAUCCAAGACCAUCAAGCCCGCGUUGAAGGGAAUGGACCUGGUCGCCCAGGCCAAGACCGGUACCGGAAAGACGCUCGCCUUCCUCGUUCCCAUCCUGCAAAGAAUGAUCGCCGCGGACCCUACCCUCGCCACACGCAGAGCGCGUUUCUCCGCCGACGCCUCCGAUAUCCGUGGCAUCGUCAUCUCCCCUACUCGUGAGCUGGCUGAGCAGAUCGCCGUCGAGGCCGAGAAGCUGUGCCAAGGCACCGGCCUGGUUGUCCAGCGUGCCGUGGGCGGAACCAGGAAGCGGGAGAUGCUGAUGGAGACUCGCAGGCGCGGCUGCCAUUUGCUCGUCGGAACCCCUGGAAGACUCAACGACCUCCUGUCCGACCCCGACAGCGGCAUCCGUGCUCCCAACCUGGCCGCCAUCGUCCUGGACGAGGCCGACCGCAUGCUCGAUGUCGGUUUCGAGAGGGAAUUGAGGGAGAUUGUUUCGCACCUGCCUGAUGCCAAGCAGACGCAGCGCCAAACCCUGCUCUUCUCUGCCACCAUUCCCCGCUCCGUCAUCUCCCUCGCCCGCGAGUGGGUGCGCCCCGACAACUUCGACUUCAUUCAGACCGUCUCCGGCGACGAGGUUCUUACCCACGAGAAGGUCAAGCAGCACGUCGUCAACUGCAAGGGCUAUGCCAACGUCUUCCCUGUUCUGUACGAGCUUAUCCAGAACGAGGUCGAGAAGCGCGCAAACGACCGCAGUCUGCAGCCUUUCAAGGCUCUUGUUUUCCUCCCGACCACUGGCUUCGUCGAUCUCGCCGGCGAUAUGGACCGCGACCUGAAGAGACUGAGAGCACAGCACGGUCGUCAUUGGAGCUGGCGCAUCCACUCCAAACUCACCCAGCCGCAACGCACCAGAGCCGCAGACGAGUUCCGUAGAGCUGAGUCUGGAAUCCUCUUCUCCUCGGACGUUACCGCCAGAGGUCUGGACUUCCCCAACGUCACCCACGUCAUUCAGGUUGGCGCUCCCAGCGACCGCGAGCAGUACAUCCACAGGCUCGGCCGUACCGGUCGUGCGAAGAAGGACGGAGAGGGCUGGCUCAUCCUCCCCGAAUGCGAGAUGAACAAAGCCCGUAACGAGCUGGGCGGGCUCCCUAUCCAGCCUGACACCACUCUCACCUCUACUGCCAGGUUUGACUUCACAAAGGGCGAGGAGCCUAGCGAGAUUGUUAAGCAAGUGACCGAGGCGACGGCGAACGUGUCGGGAAGUACCCUCGGCAUGGCAUACAUGUCAUUGUGGGGGCAGUUCGACAGCAGAAGUGCGCAGGACAGGGCGGACGAGCUGAAGGUGUGGUAUGUCGACGCCAUGCAAAAGGAAGACACACCCUACAUCAGCCCCUCUACCGCGAUGAAGCGCGGCUUGAGAGGACUCAAAAACAUCAACACAGUCAACAGGGCCGGAUAUGAGCGCGAUGAUUCCAGAGACGGCGGCCUUGGCUUUGGUGGUCGUGAUGGCGGCCGUGGAUUCGGUGGACGUGAUGGUGGCCGUGGCUUUGGUGACCGUGAUGGCGGCCGUGGCUUCGGUGGACGUGAUGGUGGCCGUGGAUUCGGUGGCCGUGACGGCGGCCGCGGCUUCGGUGGUCGUGAUGGUGGCCGUGGAUUCGGUGAUCGUGACGGCGGACGCGGCUUCCAACGCCGUGAGCCCCGCGAUGGGUUCGAGAAGAUGAGCUUCGAGUCGCGUUCUGACGACAGAGGACGCCCCCAGAGGCGCGAGAGGUCGUCUUUCUAA